GUAUAUUUAAUUUAGCUGAAAAAUGGCAAGUAAAAUACCUCUGAUAUGUGGUGAGUUUUGAUAUAAAUUAUCUAUUAUAGUUUUUUUUUUUAAGUGAAAAUUAUUAUUGUAUUAUCCAGGAAAGCAGAGCUAUGACUAAUGAAAUAAAAUUGAGUGAAAGAAAAAUGUGAACUGAAUAUCAAGAUACAUUUCCAGUGGGUGAGGUUGGGAUUAAAUCCGGCAGAGGAGCCCCAGUGGAAGCGGAGGGGGCGAUGCUAACAGCACACGUGUCACUUAGAGCACAGAGAGCUUCAACAAUUUACAAGGGACAGACUCUGACUUUGGCAGGAUGAUAAGUGAGAUCAUAUCUCUAAUGCCAUUGAUUCUCUUCCCUGCACAGGUAUAUGUUCACAGCCUCACGCUCCCCAUGGAUAGGAUUUAUGUGUGUGCUCUAUUUUCUCACUAUAGUUUUCUUUUUUCCAGAAAACACUUGCUUUAGAGGACCCCCUAGUGCCACUCAGAAAUGUCCUCCUUAAGUGGCAAAGUGCAGACUGUGCUGGGCCUUGUGGAGCCAAGCAAUCUAGGUCGCACCCUGACCCAUGAACACUUGACAAUGACCUUUGACUGCUGUUACUACCCUCCUCCUCCAUGCCACGAAGCUACGUCUAAGGAAACUAUUAUGAUGAAAAAUCUAUUUUGGAUUCAGCAAAAUCCUUAUUCCCACAAAGAGAACCUUCAGCUGAAUCAGGAGACAGAAGCCAUAAAGGAAGAAUUGUUGUAUUUUAAGGCCAAGGGUGGAGGGGCUUUGGUGGAGAACACGACCUCUGGAAUUAGCCGAAACGUGCAAACGUUGAAGUGGUUAGCUGAGGAGACCAGUGUCCACAUCAUCUCUGGAGCUGGGUUUUAUGUGGAUGCAACACACUCUUCAGAGACUAGAGCAAUGUCAAUAGAGCAGCUUACUGAUGUCCUUAUUAAUGAAAUCCUACAUGGAGCUGAUGGAACCAAUAUCAAGUGUGGUGUUAUUGGGGAAAUUGGUUGCUCCUGGCCUUUGACUGCGAGUGAAAGAAAAGUUCUUCAGGCAACAGCUCAGGCCCAGGCUCAGCUUGGCUGUCCUGUUAUUAUUCAUCCUGGAAGAAAUCCAAGUGCACCAUUUCAGAUUAUCCGAGUAUUGCAAGAAGCAGGUGCAGACAUUUCUAAAACAGUUAUGUCACACCUUGAUAGGACUAUAGUUAAUAAGAAGGAACUACUGGAGUUUGCUCAACUUGGCUGUUACUUGGAAUAUGAUCUCUUUGGUACUGAACUCCUUCAUUAUCAACUCGACCCAGAUACUGACAUGCCUGAUGAUAAUAAAAGAAUUAAGAGGGUGCGUCUCCUGGUGAAUGAGGGCUACGAAGAUCGAAUUCUGAUGGCACAUGACAUACAUACGAAGCAUCGGCUGAUGAAAUAUGGAGGUCACGGCUAUUCUCAUAUACUCACCAACAUCCUUCCGAAAAUGUUACUUAGAGGUAUAACUGAGAAUACACUUGAUAAGAUACUAAUAGAGAACCCUAAGCAAUGGCUAAUGUUCAAAUAGGAUGAUUGUUUAUGAAUGUACACCUUCAGUCUAAAACUUGCAGAGAAUAUUCAGUAGGAUUUGAAACCAACUGUGAGCUAUUCCUCAGAGUUACAUAGGACUGAUGAUUGACUAUUUCCUGUCUAUGAGAAUUUGGAGAAUUCUGCCUUCUCCAAAACUAUUGCACUUGCACUGAGUUGAAUUGAGUCCUAUUGUUUUGCCUUUGCACAAUAGAGAAGUAUCUACUUCCAAUCAGUGAUUUAAAGUAGGGGUAAGCGGAGGUUUUUCUUCUUUUCUCUCUAAUCUAUCAGCUGUACUACUUGAGAAAAUGUAAAGUGUUUCUAGUUAAAUUACUCCCUUCUGGAGCAAUCUAAUGUUUCUUGUAAUAUUGAUGAUCCUGGUAAUUACCCUGCUGCUCUUUAAUUAAUGCUUAAUGAAUGAGAUGGCACUUUAAAAUAGCUUUGGCAGAAAGGGAAGUUAAAUUUUGAGGCGUUUUUUUUCCCCAAAGGAUACUAUAAUACAAUGACCAAUUCACAAUGAUAAAAAUAUCUUGAAAGGUUAAUUACAUGUUGUCUGUCUAUAUAUUUUAAGAAACCAUUUUUUAAUGCUUUUGGCUUUCUGGUAUGCAUUUUGUGGUAAAUUUUGUCUCAUUUUGCAAAAUCUGUAUAACAGGCAUGAACACAUAAAGCACUGAAUUAGAGAAAUUCAAUCAUAAAGUCAAAAUAUAUUACAUAAUAUAGUUUAAUGAAUCCGUACAUUUAUAAUAACAAAGGCCACAAUUUAAUUGGUAAGAUAUAAUGCAAAAAAGAAACGUCUGCCUUACAAACAGUCCCUUUACUUUCUUUACCUUUUGUUUUUCCUUGGGCCUGAACAGAGAAAAUAAUGCUUAUUUAUCUGAAGAAAAGGUCAUGUCUAUUAGAAAGGACAGUCUGAUUCUAGAGCCUACUCUUUAAAAUGUACCCAUCCCUGAUUCUUUGUGUAAAAUUAUUCUUUUAACUCUUAGGUAAAACUUUUAGUUGAUAUGCACUGCUACUUAUAAUCUUUUGCUGGAAUCCUCUUUAUGCUAUUUGGUACCUAAAAAAAAAUCUCCAAAACCUUGCUGCGAAUUCCUCUUUCAAAAUGCAUAUUGUUAAAUAAAAAAUAAAAUCCAUUAUAAUUCAAGUUAUCUUAUUUAGAAAGGCCAAAUAGAAUCAGUCAUUAUUCUUGUUGAAUAGGCUAAGUGUUUUUAGUCAUCUAAAUCAUGACACUUACUCAGUCCCAGGCAUUUAAACAAAGCAAACAGCACCUUCAGAUGAGAACACCAUGCUUAACUUUUGGAAAGUUGAGGUUUCCUAAAUAAAAGAUAUUUAUGCUGAUGGAAAAUGAUCAAGAACAGAAAUGUAUUAGAACAGAAAGUACCAAGGAGGAACAAGCCAGCAGAACAAACUAAUUCCUUUAAAUGAAAAAAUGCAAAUGUCCUUCACCAGUGAAACAAGCAGAUUUUUAAAUCUCUGUUUUUGAAAUCUACUUGUCAAGAGCCUUCAAAGGCAACUGAAAGGGGAACAGAUUUUUCAUUGUAAUCAUGGAAGUUGCCUGAUAGUUAGGAUAUAUCAACAUGCAUUUUUAAUCUUUCCCUUAGAUUAAAGAGAUGACUUUUGGCAGUAUAUUUGAACCAGAGAGAAAGGAUUUGCGCUAUUCUCAAAAUCUACUUUACUGUCAGCUUCAAUCCACCUCAGAUAAAAAUUUAAAAAUGAUAAUUCAAAUGCAUAUCAUUCAUAAACAUUGUAAUGGAAAGCCACCUUGUUUCUGCAGUCCUCAUUUGAACAGUCUGCCUGGACUGCAGUUAAAGUAUUGAUUGGUAUAUGAUAAUAAAGGAACCAUAGGGCUUAAUUGACGCACAUAUGACAUACAGGGCAUUUUAACCUAAUAAAAUUUAUGGUUUUCUGGAUAAUCAAAGAAAAGUCAUUUAUUUUGCUACUCCAUAGAUUUUUGUCAUUGAAAAUAAGUCAAAUUAGGAAUAUAUAUAUGUGUGUGUGUGUAUCUUUAAAUUAAAUUUUGAGGCUAUACAACCACAGUUCCUUAUGGACUAAAGCCAUAUAUGUAUUAUAUUUCAUCUAACAUAUAUAUAUGUAGCAGGUAUUUGUAUAAAAUAUAUACACUUUGUUGUCAUGUUAGUUAUACGUGAAACUGUUAAUUUUGAAAUAACCUCAGGCUACAGACUUGUAGGAACUGUUUGAAGGCCUUACUUAGUGUCCCCUUGGUGUUGCAUGCGGUAGCUCAAAUUAAACCUUUGUGCAUUGGGUUAUGAAUAAUCUUUUGUUCUAAAGAAGGCAAAAGCCUCAGUCUGAUUUAAUACCAAAGAAGAAAUUUUUCUGACUUUCCCAGUAAAUCUAAAUGACAAAAUGGAGACGCAGGGGAUUUUCUAAAUACAUACGUAAUUACACAUUUUCACACUUAGAGGGUCAUCCUAUGAUACAAUUUCAAUCUCUAUUUUUAAAGUCUAUCCCCAGAAAAGAGAGAAAAAAAAAUCCGUAAGAAAAGAAAAUGUGAAAAUGAUCAGAGGUUUGGGAAUUCCCUCAAAUCCAGAAAAUUCCAGGUUAAGGCUUGAAGUUGAAUCAUUCCCAGGUCUAGCUCUAUAAGUUAACAAAAGUACAAGGCAAACCAUUUCUUUGGGGACAAGCAGCAUUAUUUCAAUUAGACCUUCUCCUGCAGGGUAAAAUCCUUCUUCCCCACACUAUGAAUGGACUCCAAGUAUCAUAAUAAGCAGGUAAACUCACAAGAACCAAAGCUGACAUAUGGAUAAAAGCAGCAAGAUCACAGUACACCAAAGUAUCAUAUAUAUUGAAGGAAUAAUUCAGUGUCUUAGAUUUUUCUAUAAAAAUUUGUGAUCUAUAUAUAGGACUUCAUUCACAUGGACACUAACAAUAAGGAGUAUUUGCUUUGGCGGUAGUGGAUCACACAUCUGCUUAUCUUGCUUCUAAUUUUUUUUUUUUUUUUACAUAAUGUUUGAGUGAUACAGAUGUGAGUCAGGUAGCAUUUGAUUUCCCCACAUAUACACAACUGAGGUGCCCCGCAAUUGGCAUCCCCUGGGAUCCUUGAUUCACUGCCGUUAGCCACACGAAUCCAGUGUUCACGCUCAGAAUCACCAGCUUAGUUUCCACAUUAUCAGUCAGCAUAAAUAAUAAAUCCAGAAAAUGUGCUGUAUUUGUUGUUGUUGCCGCCAUGAGCUUUCCCACCAUCUAAUUUGAUAUAGACUUCAUCUCCUGGCUCCAAAUGAAGGACAACACUGUUACUGGCAUAGUCGUAAUUCUGAUCAGCAUCUUGGGCAAUUGCACUAGCCCGCACCUAUG